AUGGAGGAAGAAGUUCAUAAUCAUGUUGGAGAAGGUGCUGGCAACACUCUAAGAAGUGAGGAAACUUUGGAGGAAGAAAUUAGCAGGACAUCAAAGUAUACCCAAGGAGUUCUAAAGGAGAGGUUGGAAGAGAAAGAACAAGGAAUUGACUCUGCACAAAUGAGGGAACCAAUGGGGAAGGAAAUUCUAAAACCUUAUAGGCCAAAAGCACCAUUCCCUCAGAGACUUAGGGGUGGUGAAAAAGAAAAGACGUAUUCUAGGUUCCUAGAUGUAUUUAUAUCUCUUCAUAUCAACAUUCCCUUCAUUGAAGCCCUCCAACAGAUGCCCUCAUAUAUUAAGUGCAUGAAGGAGUUGCUAACCAAGAAGAGUACCUUAAAGGGUGGGCAAACAGUAGUGAUGACUAAGGAGAGCAGUGCCCUCAUCCAGAAGGAUUUGCCCACAAAGAAGAAAGAUCCAGGGAGUUUUCACAUCCCUUGCACUAUAGGGGAUACAAUGAUUGACAGAGGGUUUUGUGAUCUUGGAGCGAGUAUAAAUCUAAUGCCUCUGUCGCUCAUGAAGAAGCUACAAAUCAAUGAGUUAAAAUCCACAGAUAUAACUCUUCAACUGGCUAACAAGACCAAAAAACAAGCACUAGGAGUGGUUGAAAAUGUGCUGGUCAAGGUACGAAUUAUGAGAAAACGUUUAGUUCGGAAAGCUUUUGACAUGAUUUUAGGGAUAUCUAUGAGUGAUAACAGGGAGGGCUAUGAGAAGUUUUGA